AUGCACAACAUCGGCGGAUGCUUCAUGAAGCACUGCGGAACGCACAAGCUCCCCACGAACGACGCACUCGUGCACGGAAACAGGUGUAUUCUGAUGGUGGAACAGGGCUUCUUGGGGCUGGCCUUCGACAACGGCCAGCCCGUGCUCCUGCCUCCAGGCAUACACGUCUGGACAUCCGACACGCUGAGCUACAGCAAAGCGAUCUCGCUAGACCAGCACAUGGUCUCGCUCGGUCCUUACACUCUGGUCACCGUGGACGAGGGCUACGCAGCUGUGACGCAGAACAACGGCAAACAGCACAUUCUUCCUGGCGGUGCCACGCAUCUGUUAAACCAUAAGAAUUGGCGGUUUGAGAAGUUUCUGACGUUGAAGAUACAAACAGACGAUCUCGAGCAAAUCAAGGCCACCAGUGCUGAUAAUAUCACCAUGCGGGUGACGUCCACAGUCACUUGGUGCAUCAAGAACCCGACUCUGGCUGCGACAAUGGGCGCCGAGACGAUGGCGGUUGGAACCGAGGCAGUCUCUUCAGAUAUCGCGAAGUUGCGUGGGGACGUGCUCAAACAAGCCAUUGCGUCCUUGGCAAGUUUCAUCGGUGGUGUCAACUACUCCGACAGUUUCCACGUGGCCGCGAAUGUUCAGGGUAAAAAGUCGAGUGCGCGUGGCGGAGGCGGAAAUGAGCCGGAGUCGGAAGAGAAGACGAGCAAAGCCAUGGACAACCCGUUGUACGACGUAAGACGGAUGAACGACGCCGUGGCGCACGCCAACGUGACGGCUAUGACGUACGGCGUGGAGAUACUCUCCAUCAACAUCCUCUCGGCGGUCCCGAUCGACGUCCAGCUCACGAAGGCGCUGGCCUGCGGCGCGGUGGCCAGCGCCCAGGCCCUCCAGGCAGAGACGGCCGCCAGGGGCAACGCCAAGGCGAUGAAGCUCGACGCGACCGCGGCCGCGGACAAGGCGAAGAUCGAGGCGGAGGGCCAGGCCCAGGCCGAGGUCAUCCGUGCCAAGGCCACGGCGGAGUCCGCGCGCCUUGUGGCCGAGGGCAACAAGGACGCCGCGAACCUGCUGUCCACGAACGCAGUCGCCGUGGACCUGGCCAGGAUGGAUAAGAGCUCGCAGCUCAUCGGCAAGAGCGAUAAGUUCUUCUUUGGCCAGGAGCCCAGCUACCUGUCGAGCCUCGUCCUCAAGGGGGAUCACGCGAGCAAGGGUGCGAAGGGAGGUAUGUUUAGUUGA